GUGGAUUAGCUGAUUUAAUAGGAGAAAAGUCAGGACUACUACAUUUACAAUUACAAGUUGCCUGGUUUUGCAUGCCCAAAUAACACCUUAAUAAACAGGCCAAGUUGCUCAUCAAUCCAUCUUGAGCUUGUCAAUUUCACCAAUUUGGCACACAAGUGUCUUCAAGACAAUGUUGAGAGUCUCAUUUAUCAUUCUCUUAGUCCUUCUUAUAACUCAUUUGGGGAAUAGCCGUUCCUUCAAAGAGAAUUCCAACCUUAUAUCCGAUGGCAUAGACCAAAUAAGCCAUUCUUCAAUCCUUGAAGUUGAUGUUAAAGCAACAACAGUGACUUGUGAGGCCAUUUAUGGCUUCUUGCCUUGCACAUCAUCGGUUUGGGGGGAGAUCUUCAUGAUUGUUGUAUAUGAGUUCUUGCUGUGUUCUGCAGAGAAGUAUGUUUCAAGUGGGGCUGACCUUUUCUUUCAAAUGUUUGGAACUGGUAUCUUCGGUGCUAGCUUAUUCCAAAUACUUGGUACAAUCCCACAAGUGGCUUUGGUACUUGUGACUGGAGUGACAGCAAGUGCAGACACUAUUGAAGCACAAGCAAAAAUGGGAAUGAGUUUACUUGCAGGAUCAACAAUCAUGCUUCUUACAUUAAUCUGGGGUUCUGUUAUUGCUUUCGGCAGCUAUGAUCUUUCACAGCCUUCGGAUUCAUCAGACGUGGAAAAUAAGAGACAAUUCAGUUUGACUGGUUAUGGUGUUAGCACUGACGUUGAAACCUACCAUACUUCAAGAAUAAUGAUUGUAUCCAUGAUCCCAUUUCUCAUUCUUCAAAUGGCAAAAGUUCUCAAUUCAUCUUCAGGGAGACGAAUUGUAGUCUUAGUUUCUCUCAUUGUUACCCUAGCCUUCCUCUUCCUUUACUUCACCUAUCAGGUGUUCCAGCCAUGGAUUCAGAGUAGGAGACUUGAAUAUCUGAUGAGCAAGCAUGUGCAGAAAAACCUACUACUGAGUCUUCUCACUGGUAGUGGCAGACCUGACGAAACAAUUAUAAGAGAACUUUUUCACAAAAUCGACAAGAAUAAUGACAACCAUAUAUCACCUAAUGAAUUGAGAGCAUUAAUCUUAGGAAUACAAAUAGAAGUAGGUUUGAAUGAGGCUGACUAUGAAGCAAUGGUGAUGGAGGAGUUUGAUAUCCCUGGUGAUUCUCAUAUAACUGAGACUGAAUUCAUUAAAGGGUUCUCAAAAUGGAUUAAUAAGGCUCAGCACCCUGCCAACAAUCAAGGUCAUGACAAGCCAAAGUUUUCUAACAGCAAUUCAAAGACACAAUUGCAGAAUUCAACCGAAGAGCAACAGAGGCUACUGGCUCAGAAAAAGGAAAGUACGGGAACUAACAAAUCAUGGUUGAAUUACAUUAAGGCAGCUUUUCUAUUGAUUCUUGGAACUGCUAUCACCGUUUUGCUUGCACAACCCCUCAUGCAAACUCUAGAAGAGUUUUCUACUGCUGUAAACAUCCCAUCUUUUUUGGUAUCAUAUGUUGUGAUACCCUUGGCUUUGAACUACAGACAGACACUAAAAGCAAUUACUUCUGCCAGACAGAAGACAGAAAAAGCUAUCUCCUUAACCUUUUCUGAGAUUUAUAAUGGAAUAUUCAUGAACAACAUGAUGGGUUUAGCCAUCUUCUUGGCACUUGUUUACAUACGAGAUUUGUCAUGGGAUGUCUCCGCUGAAAUUCUGGUUGUUCUACUUAUCUGCACAGCGAUGGGACUAUUCACCUGCUUCUGCACCAAAUUCCCUUUCUGGACAAGUAUCCCAGCAUAUCUUCUGUACCCCUUAUCACUGCUGCUCAUUUAUGUUCUCACUACUUUUUUUGGAUGGUCCUAAGUUAGUACUUGCUAUACUGCUCCAGGGCAAAAAGAGUGCUUCUUCAAAUGCAAAAGAAAUACAAUAAAUCAAAUGUCAUAACAUUUUUCAUAACGGUUGAGGUGACAAACUGUAGUUGGUUUACAAUAAAAAUGAUGUUUGUGGUCCUAGUGAAAGUAACAUAGCAUUAAUUGGU